GAUGAGAAUAUGAAGAAUGAAAUACUGACCUCGUGUCUGAAUUAGAAGGGUAAUUCGGCCUCAUGGCCUAGUGGUGGUCGAAAAAUACAAGGAUAUCUGGUUAUCGAUUCCCACCCACCCCUUUUCCACUUCUUUCUGACUUCUAUCGACACGAAAUGGCUUUGUUUACAGACCACCCGUUCAGGCAUGUCCUCAAAGGCAUUUUUGCUCUGGCGAUGGGCCAUAUGAUAAUGAAAUUUAUGCCCCACUCGAUUCAGGUUAUUCACCUGACUCAAACAUCAGUAGCGAUGUUAGCGAUCGGGGCACUUAUCGUAUUGGUAGUGAAAAACCACCGAACCGAGGGGGAAAACAGAGUCUUUUCGCAAGGGCAGGAGGAGUUGAUCUUGAUUGCGGCGUUUGGGGCAUUCUGGCUCGCCUUCCUCCUGGCUAUGCGUGCUUGGAACCAGGGUAGUGUCGAUAUUGACCUGGCGCACCCACGUCACAUGUUCCAGUCGAGCACUGGUGCUGCCCAAAGCAAUGUCGUCGGUGCUGGCAGCCGAGGAGUUGAAGCUAGGCCGCCUGCAGUGGCGUCUGAACGGCUCCAAGGUGCAGCAAGCUAUAUCCGACAACAAUACAAACCCCAGGCCGGGUUCCGUAAACCAUACCCAUGCGACCCGAACGAUGCUUAUUGUGUUGUUGAGGAGUGGACCUUUUACUGAAGGUGUAAUGAGGUUGUAACGCUAGUCUUCGAGUGUAUAUCUUGUUUUCUAUGGCGUUGUUGUAGAAGUCUACUUUUUGAGUCUACUCCAGGAGAGUAUCAAUCAAAAUAUAACAAGCUUGAUGUGACUCGGCC